UCUUCCCAUUUGCGACAUUUAUUGAUUAAGGGGGUUGGUGCUUUCUUGAAUUUGCUCAAAAAGUCCGUCUCUUUGGAUGAAAUAUGGAUUUUUAACAUCGGGAGCUUGUUUGAUUUGCUUCAAUUUUUCUGGGUUUAGUAACUUAUAUUUUUAGAAUGCUGGUAACUGAGAGUGGUUGAUGCUGUGUGGGUUGGAAUUGGAGAGAGAGAGAGAGAGAGGUUCCCAGUUUGGAUGGUUGAUAGAACUGCGUGUGUGUGUGUGUGUGUUUUGAGAAGGGGAUGUUAAUAGAGAUGGUUAUUUGAGGGACCCAUGAGUCUGAUGCUGAUAUUGCUAACUGCAGAUUGAGAAGUUGUUCUUUGAAUUUGAUUAACCAACCGCAAAGAAGAGUUACAGCUAAAAGUGCAAUAUAUCAUGGAGUUCGGCUCAUAUCAGAACAUGCACGACAAGAACCACAAAAGCUCAAUCGGGAGGGCGAAUGAACCUGAUCAUCGAGAUGCCUCUGAGAACCCGAUCCCAGUGGAGCAAAGUCAUCCUUCUGGUCCUGCAGAAGUAAAUAUGGAAGUUCCUAUUACUGCUGAUGAAGUUAUACGUGCCGGAGGCUUUGGAGCUACUGAUGAUAUCGGUACCAUGCUUCCAGCUGCCAGUGAUUGCACUGAUUUUGAAGACCAUCUCCGUGAUGUUCAGGGCUAUGAAGGAUCCAAGGAUGCCAAAACUGGCAAAGUUGAAGAGGGCGUAACUCCUGAAGCUCGAGGGGCAGCAAGUAUGGAAGCUUCUUUCUUUUCUGAUGAUGUGAUACGGGCUGGAGGUUUCGGAGCUACAGAUAAUAUAAGUAGCUUUCUUCCUGUUGCAAGUGAUUAUACUGAUUUUGAGGAAAAUCUUCGUGAUGCUCGAGGUUAUGAAGAAUCUGAAGAAAAGAGCAGCCGGCCUGGCCUUGGCUGGAAGAGCAAAUGAGUCUCUGUUUAAAUGUUAACCAAGUAUCUUGCUUUUAUUGCUCCCUACUAGUUAAGGUUCUUCCUAUUAUAGUUCCAAAACGUUUUCCUUGGAUGAAGUUACACAGUCCAUUUCUGCUAUCAAUUUUCGUGUUCAAACUUGUAUAAGCUUGAUGGCGAUGCUUGAUAUCGUCUAUACUGGUUUGUUGAUGCUUGUAAAUUUUGUUUUCGACAGCAAAGAUAUAAAAUCUCAUAUUCUCCAUA